AUGGCUGCCGACGCACCACCGUCUCCGGUUAGCACCAAGCUUUCUACGGCUAUGAAGGAGUAUUUAAAUGCUAAACUUGAGGAAACGCCAUCUAUGGUGGCUCAAUUGGCAUUUUCCUUCCUGUCACGCGAGGUCCGUGAGCGCCGAAUUGCAGGUUCAGCCCCAGAUCUCGAGAAGGUGCAGAACAAUGUGAAGUCGUGGCGUGCGAAAAACAAGCCGGAUAGCAUGGCCCCCGUCAUGGAGAUUUGUAUUCGCUCAAUGUACGAGCGUGAAGAUUUAAGUCGAGCCCCUGUGGAUUUGCUCGUGUUUUGUGAUUCGAAAGAUGAGCACGGCACGUUUCUGAAGCGUGUGGUGUUUAGCGAGUUUCAGGUCCGCUUCAAGCCUGACUUUGUCAUGAUGGAUGCUGACAAAGCCCAGUACAACGCGUCGGAUCGGAACUACAUGAAGCAAAUGCUGAAGGAUCCGCGUCACUUCGACGCUCCGAGCGGCGCCGAGUGCUAUCGCGACGCGCCCAGCGGGAGAAGGUCUCGAUACGAUGGAGGCAGUGCAUCGGUGCCGACCUGCAACAUUGUGAACUACGACGAGCGCCUAGCAGAAGCUGGACUCCCAGACCAAGACCAUGGCCCCUCCGAGACGGGCGCCAACGCAGUGUGUCUGUACGACGUUGAUCUGUCCAAGCCGCACGCCGACUUCAUGUACAAACUACGCAAGUACGGCAUGCUCGAUCUUACGAAGUUCAUCCGACACACGCGCGCCUUCAUCGGCGGCUGCUCGUCCACUAUCGGCGGCUGCUCGUCCACCAAGCUCAGCAUCCCCGUGGGCGACGUGAUGGCCGACCCGGACACGACCAACAACAACCGCCGGCUCAAAGCGCAGUACUACAAGUGCCGCACGGACUUGAUUGAAGAGUACGAGAACGCUGAGUGGUACGGCCUCAACACGUAUCAGUACUGCGACGGAGACGUGACGACGCUGGCGGACGCCGACGGCUUCUCCGAGCUAUUGACGGACUUCACCAACUACAGCAUGUCAAUUCCGGUCAUGCUGACCGAGUACGGCUGCGUGAACCCGAGCUUCCCCACGGUGGGCGACUACGAGGCGCAGCGCACGUGGCGUCAACCUGGCUGGCUGCUGGGUGACGACGUCCGCAAGGUCUUCACAGGCGGCUUCGCGUUCGAGUACUCGGCCGAAACGGCCAACUCAGACGGCUCGGGCUCGUCCGCUUCGGCGUAUCCGUUUACGUCCUACGGCGCGCAGAACUACGAACUGGGCUACUACUCGCCCGAGGGACUGGAUCGUCACCAUGUGCUCUACAAUGACUCGGGCUUUCGUCCGAGUCCUCGUACGAUGACUUCACGGCUGACUCGGACCGCUCCAGCCCCCCCGGACUGCCCCUCGGGCUUCUCGGCCCUCGCCGACUCGACGUGGGAAUCGGACAGCGUGGAGGACGAGUCGUGCCCGUCCGAGGUGCUCAACUACGGACCAGACGGCCAGCGACUGGACCAGCUACGAGGGCACCACAUCGAGUGCGGCCAGAGGCGACUCGUCGGAUUCUUCGGCCGUCAGCGUGUCCAUGGCCUCGGUGCUGCUGCUGGGCUCUGUGAUCGCUAGACAGCGGUGUCCUACUCAAGUGCCAGUGGAUGGCAGACGGAGACGUAACACGCAGUGAGCGCUAGUCGGCGACAGAUAGCCGGUAGAGAACAGAUAAUGAACAAGCUGUAAAG